AUGAAAACUGACCUGGAGCUCGCCUUGGAGUGCACUGUCAACAUCUACCACCAGUAUGCCAUGAAGCGCCCCAUAGAUGACUACCUGAACAAGACUGAGUUCUCCAUGCUGCUGAAGGAGACCGCCCAGCCCUUCCUCUACAACACCUUGCCGCCUAACACGUCCAUUGAUGACUACAUCAGCAAGCUCUUUGCCAGAGCAGACAGCAACCACGACGGUCGCCUGAAGUUCACCGAGUUCCUGACCACGCUGAACCUCAUAGCCAUUGAUGCCCACAAUAGGUCCCACCGCGGUCACAGGACCCAUGACCAGCAUGUAGAUGCCGGUCACGGCCACGACCAUGGUCCCUCCAAUUUCUGCAGGUGCCUCAAGAACUCAACCAUGUCUGCAACCACCCAGACCACAACCGCCCUUCCCAAUACUCCGCAGUUCCCUGGAAACUGCACGCUGGAGAUGGCCCUGAAAACCAUUGUGGAUGUCUACCACCGUUACAGCAUCCGGGAGGGAGAGCUCGACCUCCUCAGCUUCAACGAUUUCAAGACGCUGCUGACUGAGCAGGCACCGAACUUCCUGCAAGCUUGUGACAGACACCAGCAGGACUACCUGAGGAAGCUCUUCAAAGAGACAGACAUAAACAAGGACAGAGAGCUGACUUUUGAGGAGUUCACCAUCAUCUUGUCCAAGCUGACCGAUGAUGCCCAUCGCAUCAGCCACGGCGAUGACCGCUGUACACCAGACAAGCAUUGA